CUGAAGGAGCGUGAGUGUAUCGUCUUCCAGCCGGUCAGUCACUAAGAAACUCAGUCAUUCAAACAAACCGUGACAUGGAAUAACUUUAACAGAAGUCUGAGAGGCUGAAAGUGAGAAAAGAGCUCAAACUGUGAAGAGGAGAAGAGGUCACGCUGACAGAGUUGAGGAUGAUGGCUGAGGGGCGUUUUGCCAGCCUGCCCAGGUCCCUGCACGCUCACCACCACACCCUGGGAGGGGGCUCUGCUCACCCUGCAGUCCCCUCCUCCCCCCUCGGUGUCUCCAGCAGCAGCACCUGCUCCUCCAGGAGGUUCCAGGCCUCCCUCGCCUCCUCCAUGGACCUCCUCAGCUCCAGACCAGGCCUUCCUCCUGGCAGCAGCGGCAGCCUAUCAGAGCUUCCCGUCUCUUCCUAUCAGCCAAUCUCCAUUCACGGAACUCUGCCACGACGUAAAAGAGGAGGGGCUAACAUCAACCAUGGCAACUACACCUGGGACCCCAGAGCCAAUCACAUGCAGCCGAUACUGGCUCCUGGACACGUAACUAAACCCCUGAAGUCCCCGCUGGUCCAGAAUAUCAUUGAUGACUUUCAUGGUUACAGGGAACCCGCUGCAGGCCUGGAUGCCACGGUGGACUACGUGAAGUUCUCCAGAGAUCAGUUCAUCCUGGACUGUCCGUCAGAGAAACUCCGCAGAGAGCUGGAAGAGGAGCUGAAGAUGAACUGUGAGGAGCCACGGAGCCACGCGUGGUACCACGGAGCCAUACCCAGACAGGUUGCAGAAAACUUGGUGCAGCGUGACGGGGAUUUCCUGAUCCGUGAUUCACUGUCGAGUCCAGGAAGUUACGUUCUGACGUGUCAGUGGAGAAACGCUGCUCAGCACUUUAAAAUCAACAAGAAGGUGGUGAUGUUGAACGAGGCUUACUCCAGAGUGGAGUAUCGUCUGGACAGAGAAGGCUUUGACAGCGUCCCAGCACUUAUUAGAUACUACGUCGGCAACAGGAAACCUGUGUCACAGGUGGUCGGCGCUAUUAUCUUCCAGCCAAUCAACAGAGCGCUGCCUCUGCGCUGCUUAGAGGAAAAGUACGGGCUGUCCAGUAAUCACAGGGAGGCGGGGCUUAUGGCUCAGGAGAAGCGGAGCCAGAAGCGCCUCAGCCUCAACAUCUCAAACGGACACACGCACGACAACACGCAAAACGUGCAGGACGCCACGCAUUGCAGGGAGAACGGCACAAGCCGAGGCAGCCAGCUCAGGCUGAAGGAUCGCUGCGGCAGCCAACCAGCAAGUCUGAAUCAGGUCCAGGAGAGGAGACGCCCGCUCAAGGCUCAUCAGUCAGAGAGCUACCUGCCUCUUGGAUCCAAACCUCAGCCCCAGAUGUCUCCAGACCCUCUCCUGCCGAGUCCCAGCCCAAAGUCCCCAGUCUUUCGGACGGGUAGUGAGCCAGUGUUGAGUCCCUCUGUGGCUCGGAGAUCUGCAGAGCCUCUGGCAGGCCAGGCCAUCCGUGGCUCUGACAGCCAGCUGUGUCCUAAGCCUCCUCCUAAACCCAGUAAAGUACCGCUGUCUCGGCUGCCUCGGUCUCCGUGCCUGCAGCCGCUACUCCCUCCCUCCAGCUCCUCCAGCCUCUCUGACUCCUCCUCCACCUGCUCACGGCUGGCUGCUCCUCUUCUGGACUCCUCAUGUGGGGACAUUUGGAAGAGUGCAGCUCCUCCUGUUCCUCCAGUCAAACCCCAGAAGUUCCAGCAUCAUCUCUUCUCUUCAGACUCCCUCAGCUCGUCCGCCUCUGUCUCCUCUCCUGCUGAAGUGAGCCACAGUCCAGACCCAGGAUGGACUGAACGUCUGCAGCCGAGUCCUUCAGACCCAAUGACCUGCAGCCCACUGGAGUCAAACUCGCCAAACCCCGUCACAGACAACGCUUUGCACCUUCAUUCUCCUCUAAGCGGCUACGUGGAGCGACUGAGGAGAGAGGGGGAAGGAGGGAGAGAGGAGGAGGAGGAAGGGGAGGAGAAGGAGUCAGAAGGAAGGAGAGGACUGGACAGAAGCUCGUACCAUCACGCCAUCGCUGCUUUAGAAAACACCAGCGAGGAAGAGGAGGAGGAUGCUGGGAGAGAGGAGGAGGAGGAAGAAAAGAGUAAGGAGAUUAAGAGGAGCAGCUUCCAGCGGCCGAUCGUGGAGACGGAGUCUGGGUUUCGGCCGGCAGAGUUCAAAACUCGGCUUCUUCCUCCAGAGAACAAACCUCUGGAGAUGGUGGUGCUGAAGAGAUCCAAGGAGCUGCUGCUGAAACACAACCAUCACAGCAUCGCACGACACCUGCUGCUGGCCGACUGUCAGGUUGCAAGGAUCCUUGGCGUGACUCCGGAGCUCAAAGGUCAGAUGGGCGUGGCCUCCGGUCUGGAGUUGGUGACUCUGCCGCAUGGACGGCAACUGAGGCUGGACCUCAUGGAAAGGCACCACACCAUGGCGGUAGGCGUUGCUGUGGAUAUUCUGGGAUGUACGGGCAGUUUGGAGGAGCGUGCCUCAACCUUAAACCGGAUCAUCCUGGUCGCUUUGGAGCUCAAGGACAACGUGGGCGAUCUGUUCGCGUUCACGGCCUUGAUGAAAGCUCUGGACCUGCCACAGAUCAGUCGACUGGAGGAAACCUGGACGGCUCUACGAAGGAACUACACACAGACCGCCAUCAGCUACGAGAAAAUACUGAAACCUUUCUACAAGAAUCUGUACGAAGGAACAGCUUCUCCUCCUCCUGUGGUCUGUGUCCCCCUCCUACUGCCCCUCCUCACACUGAUGGAGCGCCCGUCAAUCACACCCGAGGGGGCGGAGCUCUGGGAGACCAGCGAUCAGGGCUGUGACAUCAUGCUGCGCCACCUUGAGGCUGCACGGGACGUAGCACAGAAUGCACCGAGCUACACGACCAAUGCACAGAAGAUCUUACACGAGUUUGAGAGCGAUGAUGACCUGCUGGAGGUGUUUAAAACAGACUUUCAACUGCGGCUGCUGUGGGGGAGCAGAGGAGCUUCUGUCAACCAAUCAGAUCGCUACAGCAAGUUCAACCUCAUCCUCACUGCAUUGUCACGGAAACUGGAGCCACCACCUACAACACAAACUUUAAUCUGACUCCAGCAGAGUAACAAUUUCUGUGCUGACGGAGAAGACGGAGCAGAAACAAACAACGGUGGAUGAAAGUAUGGAAACAGAAGUCCUGUACAAUCCUGAGACAUUCUAGAUGAUUUCAGGAUGCUCAGGCCCUUCACAGACGUUUUAGUGUGGAGCUGGAAGGAAAAAAAACGGACAAAUUCAGGACUGAAGUGUAUGGGUGAAAGAAAUUGGGCAAAGGAAAUGUUACUUAACAGUCACAAGACGCUGGCUAUGAGGGCUUCAUAUAACCUCAAACAACCAUGAAAAAGUCAUCCAGUAUUUGCAAGCUCACGAUACUAGAAAAAUAUAUAUCUGGUUACAGAGAAUUAAACGUAUUUAAACCAGGCUGCUAAAUGUACAGCAGAUAAUGUAACACUCAGAUGUGUCACAUAUAAAAAUAUAUGCAUCACUAUAACAAGACCUGCACACUUCAAGUCAGAAAACAACCAAGUUACUCACAAAUCUAAAAACCUAUCAGGUCAGAAAAACAGAAACUCAAACAGAAACUUUUUCUAACAUCACUGUGAUGCAAUGUUUGAUUUUUUGCCAUGCAGAAUCUUAGCAGACUUAAUCUCUGUUUUAGGAACAGUAAUCAACCUAAAAAGGGUGAAUCUGCCCUUGGUCCACACCUGACUACCGUCACCUGCUUAAAGAUUGUAGUUUAUGGCAUCAUGAGUGAAUAUAAGUUUUGAAGAGAUAAAAGCAGUUCUCUAUCUAUUAGUGAGACCAAGCAGCUGUGUGCAGUACUGGAAGCAUGUUUUGAUAGUUGCUUUUCAUCUACUGAGAUAAACUUACUAGGAAAUUUUGCACAAAGGAGAAUCAAAACAUGCCUCCUUUUCCUCACAUUAAAAUGCUGCAAAUCAUGGUGCCUCAAGUGAUUCUGUUCUGUAUUUGUUUGGAGAUAAUUGCCAAUCUAGAUGCACUCCACUUAACCUGAAAUCCUACAUGACAGCGCAACAAAACUUCCAUCCAUUUUCUAUACUGCUUAUCCUGUUGGGGGUUGUGGGGGGCUGGAGCCUAUUCCAGCUGUCACUGGGCAAGAUGCAGGACUGGACUGGUUGCCAGUCAAUCACAGGGCUGACAUACAGAGACAGACAACCAGGCAUGCUCACACUUACGACCAGUUUAGAGCGAUCAAUUAACCUAACAGGCAUGUCUUUGGUGUUGGGAGGAAGCCAGAGUACCAAGGGAGAACAGCUGGGUGCAAACUUCACACAGAAGGGCCCUGACCGGGAGGUGAACCAGGGAUCUUCUUGCUGUGAAGCAACAGUGCUAACCCCUGCACCGCUGUGCAGCCUGUUAUAUGACUUGCUCUGCAUAAUCUGACAACGCAUGUAGAGUGAGGAGUGGUUUCAGAUGUAUUAUGAUUGGGUAUUGGAUAGAUUGUAUUGGCAAUUUUGCCAAGAUAGCACAUCUCAACAGAACACCAGUUUAAAAUAAAGAUCCUAGGGUGCACAGAUAGCCAAGUGGUCCAAGGCACUACCCAUGUAUGUAGGUGGCCUGGGUUCAAAUCCAGCCUGUGGCCCUUUACUGCAUCUCUCUCUCCCAUACUGACUCUAUCCCCUGUCCUCCUAUGGAAAGGCAUGAGAAGUCCAAAAAUAAAGCUUCUAUUAUCCUAAUUCAACAUUCCCUUUCAUUAAAAAGUCCUCUGGAAGAAAAUAGUAUCACCUGGAAAAGUUAGUGAGAUAUUAAGACAUCCUUUAAUCUGACUUCAAACAGAUGGAUUUUUACCCACCAAGUCAGCAUCAGGUUAUUAUUCUACAGAGGAACUGAACAUGGAUAUUUAAGGUUUAAAUAAGAAUACGGCCUAUUGAAUUCAUCUUUAUAUGAACUUUAACACAAACAACUUUUGCUGCUUGUUUAACUAGCAAUACAAGAGACUGUUAGGGACUAUAGUUACAAGAGUAUAAAAGGUAAAUAUUAAAGUAUCUUUACGCCACUGUUUUCACAUUGGAGCAGAUUUAAGACUUGUACAUUUGUACACCAGUAACUGUAGCUUCAUGUGUUUUCUCUUUAACAGAUGAAAAUAUUUUUGUUCCUCUAAAAAAGAUUUAAAUGAGUGUAUUAACAUGUCACAGACUUCUGUUGUAUAUAUUUGAACUAUUAGCAUGUUAAUAACAGACUGUACAUAUUUUCUGUAGAAGACUGUAAAGAGAGAUGUGGAUGAAUUUAUUGUUUAUAUUAUGAACUACUGUGGCUUAAGAUUUAAUAAAUGUGGU